AUGAUGAUGCUGCUCCGGGUAGCAUUCGCCACGCUGAGCCUGGUGGCCUGUUGUUUUGCGGCCAGUCAAGAUGUUCUCACCAUCCUGCAGCAACAGACUGGUAUUUCCACCUUCGUCGGACUCUUGGAGCAGUUUACAGAUCUGGUCGAUACUUUGAAUCAAGGGACAUUCAGUGUUCUCAUUCCCAAUGAUCAAGCUCUGGCCGCCUUUGGUGAUGAGAAUCCAGACUUGGCCAACAAUACCGAUGCCGUCCGGGCGUUGCUCGAAUACCACAUCGUCCAUGGAACUCAUCCGUCGGCCUCGUUUGGCCUACAGCCACUAUUUGUGCCUACCCUGCUGACCCAUCCCAACUACACCAAUGUCACGGGCGGCCAGGUGGUGGAAUUGACUGCCCUGAACAACCAGCCCGCGGUUGUGAGCGGAGUGAAGGCCGAAUCUCGUGUGGUCGAGGCUGACAUCUUCUAUCUGGGAGGCCUCAUCCACAUAAUCGACUCGGUGCUCACAAUUCCGCUAUCAUUUCCGGCAACCGCCACAAAGGUCGGAUUGACGGAUCUGGUGGCGCUGAUGAGCAUAGGAGGCUUCCUCAAGCCCAGUUCGCCCGCAAUUGUGAACUCGCUGUCGGAUCUCACCAUCUUUGCGCCCAAUUCGACGAGAUUCUCGGCUGGAUUCACUGGAUGGGAUGGUCUCUCGCAAACCGACCUCUACUCCAUCUUGGAAUACAGCAUCUCUCAAGGCCCGGUGAUAUACUCGUCGGAGUUCAAGAACAACACCAAGAUUCCCACGCUGGAGAAGAUAUCCGCUUCCAUGACCGAGGUGGAUAGUCAGUUCUAUGUCGACGCGGCUCUCAUUAAGGCGAGGGACUAUCUCACCUCUAAUGGCGUGUUGCAGAUACUUGACAGCCCUCUCAACCCCAAUACUACGGGACAAGCGCCUCUCACCACCGCUCCUCCAUCUACUAAACCUGCGUCCAAGGGACUCAGCACAGCUGCUGGUGCGGGCAUCGGCAUCGGCAUCGGCGCCCUGAUCCUUGGAGGAGCCUUGAUCGUCGCAUUAUACAUUCGAACGAGACGCCGUCGACGGCUGGUAGAAAUGGCAGGAGGAAACCCGAGGGACCCUCCUCCGAGAUAUGAGCUGGAAACGAAAGCGCUCGACGCGACAAGUGCCAAUGUGAGGGACGCCCCCAGGACCCAAGUCUUCGAGAUCCAGGCGCCACCGAAGCCACCCUCUCCUUACGAAAUCGACGGCAACGAGAGGAGUCGGAUCAGCGUGACCAUCCAAGGCACACCUCCGCGACACCUGGGAUUCCAGGCUCGCUACUAG